AUGACCGCUGGCAUUACUCAACCACCGUAUCCGCUCCACGAGUCCGUAAAAGACCUAUUGGACCCGGAGUAUGUGGCAUUCUAUAACGAACAUGUCAUCAGUAACCAACAGGUGCACCUCCGGCCCGUGGAGGCGUCACGCACAAGUGGAGUCUUGAUCCCUGGUGCAGGUCCUAUGCUGGAGGUGGGUAAGACUCAAGACAUUACGGUUCAGCGACGAGCUACCGAGGGUCCAGCAGUACCCAUCCGAUGCUUUACUCCCAAGGGCCAGGCGCCUCCGGGUGGAUGGCCAGUGAUGCUGUAUUUCCACGGCGGUGGCUGGGUUCUAGGUAACAUCGACACAGAGAAUGUGGUUUGCUCGAACCUCUGUGUACGAGGAAACUGCGUUGUGAUUACAGUUGACUACCGUCUCGCACCCGAAAACCGCUGGCCUGCCGCAGUCCAUGACUGCUGGGAAGCUCUCCUCUGGUUGCUUGCUGAUGGCCCCGCUGCACUCUCAGUGGACAUAUCCAAAAUCGCAACCGGUGGCUCCUCCGCCGGCGGAAACCUUGCCGCAAUUAUGACGCACAAGGCACUGACCCUGUCGCCGCCUGUACACUUCAAAGCCCAGCUCCUCUCUGUUCCUGUCACAGACAACACUGCCACAGUAGAGAACAACGAGUCAUAUCGUCGAUACGAGCAUACCCCCGCACUUCCCGCACUCAAGAUGUACUGGUACCGUGACCACUAUGUCCCCAAUGAUGCGGACCGUACCAACCCAGAGUCAAGCCCGCUGUUCUGGCAAGGCGAUUACUCGCAACUGCCACCCGCACUUGUUAUGGUUGGCGAGUUGGAUGUCCUGCGUUCGGAGGGCGAGCAGUAUGCGGAGAAGUUAAAAAACGCUGGUGUGCCUGUUGAUUUGCAGGUUAUGAAGGGCAUGCCGCAUCCGUUUUUGGCUAUGGAUGGGGCAUUGUCUGAGGGAAAGAGGUGCAUCACUCUGAUGUGUGAUGCGCUCCAAAUGGCGUUUUGGACCUGA